GUAACACUGAUACGAAGCCACAACACUACCCUUUGUUUAUAUGAAAUCUAAUCUAUAAUUUUCAAACGCAUUUUCGAAAAAGUAAAGAAUUGAAACAUGAAUAUCACUGUCUUUCAUUCUAGUUUAUCUCUUGUAAUGAGUCCUUUUUACAAUAUUUAAGACGUGUUUAAUUAUUGUACUUUUAGAUAACUGUUUUAUUAUAAAAAUGUAAUAGUGUCGCUCAAUUUUACGAAUUUUUCAUAGAUGACAUCUAAAAUAAAAAUGAACAGUGGUCCGCCGAGGCCAAGGUAUUCGGCCGUAUUGAGGGACGAGGAGUUCGAAACGGAAAUCAAUGAGUUAUUCAGCAAGAAGUACAGCUUUAGAUUUAACAGCAGCUGGAAAUUACCGGAUCGUAAACUUUGGUUCUCGUCGCCGCCAUGGAAGGCUAAAGACUUAGAGGUGUUGAAAAGCCGUUUGAAUUUCCACAAGAGCCAGUUGAACGACUUCAAUAUUGAGGAAUGGAGCAGUCACACCCGCCGGCGGAAUCCUGCUGGCGAUGUGGGUUGGAAAUUAAGAUGUAUUGUAAAUCCUGAGUUUCCUACGCAGGCCUGGACAAAAUUUUAUGAAUGCGCAAGCACAUAUAAUAUUAUACCGAAAGAAGUAACGGCCAUCAGAAAAUUCGUAUCACUGCACUUGUGCGAAGCUCCCGGUGCAUUUAUAACAUCACUAAAUCAUUAUUUGAAAUUGAAUCAUCCCGAAGUGAAUUGGAAAUGGGUUGCAAAUACUCUAAACCCAUACUAUGAGGGUAACUCACCUUCAAACAUGAUUAGUGACGACCGGUUCAUGUUUCACACGCUGAACAACUGGGACUUUGGUGUGGACAACACUGGCAACCUCAUGGACUGGGACAACUCACAAGCGACUGUGAAGAAGGCUACAUCAUUGGGGAAUGUACUGUUGGUGACGGCUGACGGCUCAAUUGACUGCAUGCAAAGGCCUGAUGCUCAAGAGGAGGUCACAUCACCUCUCCACUACUGUGAAAUCAUCACUGCUCUCCAAGCACUUAGUCCAGGAGGGACUUUCAUAUUCAAGCUCUUCACAUUAUUCGAGCAUUCUACUGUGAACCUGCUUUACCUUAUCAACCACAUGUUUGGUGAAGUCAAUAUAUACAAACCUCUGACUUCCCGGCAGGGCAACUCUGAAGUAUAUGCUAUAUGCAUCAACUAUAAGGGCAGUGUUUACUUAGAACAGUACAUACCAAUACUGAAAACUGCCUAUGGAACUGAACAGUACAAUAAUAUGUCUCUGUUCCCACAAGACUCUAUCCCCGAAAGUUUCUUAAAACAGAUUCAUGAAUGUGCUUACUACUUCUGCAUAAUGCAGUGCCAGGUCAUCAACAAUAACCUACAAGCUUACCUGAUGCAGAACAAUAUCUCCUUACAUCGGGAUAUGAAGAGAAUCCGCGGACUUGUCGCCACCGAGUUUAUUUGGCGGUACGGAUUGAAGCCGUUAGAUAUGGAACACGAAAUAUUAAAAGGUGCACUCCAUGAAGAGUGCAAAACCAACAUGAAUCCUAGAUACCAUCGUGGAUCAUACACGGAACGACAAUUAUACUCAAAGAUGUCCAUGAAAGAAAAAUCAAAGACAAUACACUCACUAUUGCAAGCUGAAAUAAUGUCAAAUCCUGCAAUAAUAAUAAAUGAAUCUGUGAAAUGGUCCCAUAGUUGCGAUGGAGAAACAAUACCUAACCUCGUAUUUACAUAUGGUACACCUUUACAGAAGAUCAACAGUUCCAAGUUUAUCUUUGUGCCCAUAUUCAGAUUAUACCAGCAGAUCUUAGCCGAAGAUGAAUUUAAGGAGAUCAUAUUUAGCAAGAACUUUAAAGAAUGUGAAAGUUAUCACAGAGAUUUGGAAAUGCAAAUCGACAAGGUGUUGAAGUUACCUGAAUUUGACUAUGCUGAGAUUUAUAGUGUAUAUGAAAAGAGUUGUUUUUUUAGACUUCACGAUACACUGAAAGAACUAAGUUUGGGAGACACUUUGCUGGUGAAAAAUUUGAAUACACUAACCCAUUUCAAUGUGGGUCUUCUGUUCAUUGUGUCUAAGAGUUUUGAGAAGAUUGGCUUUACAUCUUCAGGCAUUAUAUUGUGCAAACUGACUAACAAGGAGUCCGUUGUCUAUUUAGACAUUAUUAGGAAUGAAUGUGAGAAACUGCAAACUGAAGACGGCAAAGAUUUGUUAAAUUCUUUGCCAGUACAGACGACAAAUGUUGGCCCAUUCUUUGACAAUGUUGUAUUGUAUAACAACACAUUUUAUCAGAACAAGUGUACAGAAUAUUUGUACGCCAUAGAAAAAAGUCUGUAACUGAGUUAUUACCUAGUAAGUCGAUGUUUUUUAUUAAAUAUAGGUAAAUAACUUCUUUCGAAGCAGAACUAUUCCUAUUAUUUUUUUAAUGCUAUUUAUUGUUACUAUCAUCUGUGAAUCUUAACUUUACAGUAUAAAUAAAGACUU